AUGAAGUUCUUCGCGCCGAUCGUUGUGGGCUUCAUCGCCUUCUUCUCGGCGCAGGUGGACGCCAACGGCGUGUGCUACGACCCAGACCACACCAGCGGCAAGAGCGCCUCGACCGUGCAAGCUGACAUGAAAACCAUCGCUGGUGCCGGCUUCACCAGUGUGCGCACGUACAUUUCCAAGUUCGGCAACACGGAAAUGGGUCCGAUCAUCACUGGCGCCGGACUCACGGCUGUGCUGGGCGUGCCGUACCCGCAGAGUGACUACCUGGAGCAGAUGGAGGCCGCCAUCUCGGCUGCCAAUGCCGGCGGCGUGUACGCCAUCAUGGUCGGCAAUGAGAACUUGGCGGGCGCCUCAAGUAUCCCCAGCGGCAUGAUCGACGUCAUCAACCAGAUCAAGUCGCGCGUGUCCUGCAAGGUCGGCACUGUCCAGCGUAACACGGAGAUGAUCGGCUACCAGAGUAUUUCAGGCUGGUCGGACCUCGUUUCGGCCUGUGACGUCCUGGGGGUGAACGUGCAUCCGUUCUUCAACCCCGGCACGACUGCUGACGGCGCUAUCGACGUCGUGGACAAACAGUGGCAGACGAUGAUGGGUAACUUUGGAGACAAGCUCCUAUUGACCGAGACGGGAUGGCCAUCCAGUGGCUCGGUGUCGGGCAACACCGGUAGUCUGGCGGGCGAGCAGACUUUUUACAGCGCCUACCAGCAGUGGAGCAACAGCCUUAGUGAGAAGUUCUACUUUCAGUUCUUUGACAUCCCAAGCAAGCCGGAGGCUUAUGAGCAGACUUUCGGUCUGUAUACGGCGGACUCGCAGCCCAAGUUCACCAUGUCCCACCAGCAAUCGCCUUCAACUCAGCAGUCUCCGUCGUCUUCAACUUCGACGUCUCAGCAACAGCCAACCACGUCCGCCCCGACGACGGCUGCACCGGCCCCAACCACCGCCGCUCCGACCCCGGAGCCGACGAUUGCUCCGGAGCCCAGCACGGCUACGCCCACGCCGACCCCGGAGACGUAUCUGAGCUCUGGGUCUAGUGAGACCAAAACCAACACCACGUCUUUAAUCGCUUCGCACUCGGGCUCGACGUCCGAUACAACGCAGUCCACUGCGACUAUCAGCUCCACCGGUAAGAGCUCAGAGUCGCAGCAGCAGGAGCAGCAGCCGUCCAGCAACGGCCAGGACAACACUCAGAAGGUUAACAAUCAGAGCGAGGAAUCUGACGGCAAGGGUCGCGUCGUCGGACUUGCUGUUGGCGGUGGUGUUUGUGCUAUGUUGGUCGCCUUCGGCUUCAUCUACCAGGCCCGCAAGCGUGCGCAGGAACUGGAGGAUGAGGACAAGGACGUUCACUUCUCGACCGUCACGCCUGUGGAGAAUAUCUGCUCGCUUUAA